GUUGGUUGGGUUCAGUUGAAAACAGAUUAUGAACCCAAAAUCCAUUUCAUGGCUUAGUUUGGGUCCAAAAUAACAUAACCCAUAAACACUCUGAACCAGACGGGUGACAGUGGUUUUGGUGGUGAAGAUAAUCUGCAGAAUUCAAAGCAGAAAGGCAAUGGCCAUGGAGGCCUUGCACUUGUACCGUGUGCUUCCCAUAUCUCUCUUUUGGCGUUCUACUGCCACCCCCUUACCCUCAAUUGUCACUGCAAGGCCACCAUUGAGUUUGAGCUCAGCGUCUUCUCAAACUACCACUGCCAGAGCAGGGUGGUUUUUGGGUCUUGGAUCAGAUAACAAAAAAUUGAACUUGCCUGACACUGUCAAAGCUGGUGACCCUGUUCUUCAUGAGCCUGCCCAGAAUGUUGAUCCUAAUGAGAUUGGGUCUGAGAGAGUGCAGAAGAUCAUUGAUGACAUGAUCCGGGUCAUGAGGAAUGCUCCUGGAGUUGGCCUAGCUGCCCCCCAGAUUGGAAUUCCUUUGAGGAUAAUUGUUUUGGAAGAUACCAAAGAAUAUAUUAGUUAUGUACCAAAGGAAGAGACUAAGGCUCAAGACAGACGACCUUUUGAUCUUUUGGUGAUCCUGAAUCCCAAGCUAGAGAAGAAGAGCAACAGGACUGCCCUAUUUUUUGAAGGGUGCUUGAGUGUUGAUGGUUUUAGAGCAGUGGUGGAGCGGUACCUUGACGUUGAGGUUACAGGUUUGGACCGUAAUGGUGCGCCAAUCAAAAUAAAUGCUUCUGGUUGGCAGGCCCGGAUUUUACAACAUGAAUGCGAUCACUUGGAUGGAACUCUAUAUGUUGAUAAGAUGGUACCUAGAACUUUCAGAACUGUUGACAACAUGGAACUGCCUCUUGCUCAGGGGUGUCCCAAACUUGGUCCUCGUUAACCCAGGUUUUAAGGCUGUGGAUGCCUCUGAUUAGGCCAUCAAUAUGGGUUUCGUAUGAAUGUUGGGGAAAAGUUGACAUUUUUAGAUCCUGUAAUCGAGGCCAGGUUCCAUAUGUUAGAAAUAGUCUCAAAUUGAGAAAAGUUAAAUCUCCCUUAGUUUCCAAUGCCGUCAUUUUGCCUAGAAUUGUCAUUUUUAUACACUAUUAAUUAAUUCACUUCAUGUAAGUUUCAAUUUUACAGCUUAUACUAGAAAAUUUUUGUAGAGGUGUGGACUAUGGUCUUUUGAUAUUGAUGGUGCCUAACUUUUCUAUAGAUUGAACCUUUGGUGAUUUGGAGCAUUCAGGUAGUUAAUAGGGCAUUAGAAAUUUAUGUAACUUCAUUUGUUCGCUGUAGUGCAGGUGUGCGCAGAUCUUGCUUGCUUCAUCCUCCAGUGAUGAGGGAAAACUGAUCGGUGUAAUGAAUCAAAAUGAUAUGAAAGUCAUUGUU